CGUCCACAUAACUAACCAGCCAGACCCCUUGUCCAUCAAAGCAGACACGUCCUCCAGGCGAACGGAAGAAAGACAGGCUAUAGCCCUCCAACCCCCAAGGACUGACAUCACCUUACAAGUUCUGCACAAGCUGUAGCGCCCCCAUAUGGCUGUGGAGGAGCUGGGCAUCACCCUGUCCAUGGUGGGCCUGGCAGGCACCAUCCUGAUCUGCGCCCUGCCCAUGUGGAAAGUCACAGCGUUCAUCGGCACCCACCUGGUGGUCAUGCAGGUGUUCUGGGAGGGCCUGUGGAUGACCUGUGUGUCUGAAACCACGGGACAGAUGCAGUGUAAGAUCUAUGAUGCUCUUCUAGACCUGUCUCCUGACCUCCAGGCGGCCCGGGGCCUCAUCGUCAUCAGCAUGGUACUGGGCUGCCUGGCAUUCCUCGUCUUCCUCCUGGGGGCUAGGUGCACCAACUGCCUGAGCAAUCCCAGGUUCAAAGCCUGCGUGGUGCAGGCCGCAGGGGUCACCUUCGCCCUGGCUGGGUUAAGCACCAUAGUGGCUGUGUCCUGGACGGCCCAGUCCAUCAUUAGGGACUUCUAUAACCCGCGGGUCCCUGAGGUGCUGAAGAAGGAGAUGGGGGCGGCCAUCUAUGUGGGCUGGGUGACCUCUGGGUUCCUGUUCUGUGGAGGAGGGGUGCUGUGUGCCAGCUGUCCUCCAGGGGGGAGAGAGGGCAGGCAUGGGUCCAGCAGUAGGUACACCCUGGCUAGGAUGCCCAUUCAAACUCACAGCAGCUACGCCAUAAAGAACUAUGUGUGAGAGGGAAGUGCUUUAUUUUCCUGUUAACUUCAGGCAAAUAGUGUAGGCACUAUAAAGAGACAUGUCACAGCAUGUUUUUCCAUGAAAACAUUGUUAUUUUGUGCAUGUCUGGUCGUUCAGUGUAUUGUCUGACUUUCAUACAUUCAGAAUUGCCCUGUAACUAUUUGAUAG